AUGUACCCGAGAGUCCAGAGCUCCCCCAUGUGCAAAGAAUCCCGAGAUCCCCAGUGUCCAGAGCUCUCCAGUGUGCCCAAGAUUCCAGAGCUGCCCAGUGCACCCGAGGGUCCAGGGAUCCCAAGUGCACAUGAGGGUCCAGAGAUCACCAGUAUGCCCCAGUGGCCAGAGACCCCUCGUGUACGAGACAGUCCAGAGCUCUCUAGGGUGCUUGAGAGUCCACAGAUCCCCAAUGUACCCGAGAGUCCAGAGCUCCCCACUGUGCCCAAAAGUCCAGAGCUCCCAAGUUGCCCAUGUCCAGAGCUCGCCAGUAUCCCCGAGAGUCCAGAGCUCCCAAGUGAACACAGUCCAGAGCCCCCCAGUAAACAGAGUCCAGAGCUGCCCAGUGUACCUGAGAGUUCUGAGCUCCCCAAUGUACCAGAGAGUCUAGAAAGCCCCAGUGUACGAAAGAGCCCAGAGCUCCCCAGUGCAGUUGAAAGUCCAGAGCAGCCCCGAGAAUCCAGAGCUCUCCAGUGUACCCAUGAAUUCAAAGCUCCCCAGUGCAAAAGGAGCCCAGGGCUCCUCAAUGUACCCAAGAAUCCUGAGCUCCUCGAUGUACUGCAGAGUCCAGAACUCCCUAGUGUACGUGAGAGUCCAGAGCUCCCCAGUGAACCUAAGGGUCCAGAGGUCCCCAGUGUACCUAGUGAGCGCAACAGCCCAGAGGUCCCUAGUGUACCAAAGAGUCCAGAGCUCCCCAGUGUACCUGAGAGUCCAGAGCUCCUCUGCAUGCCCAAGAGCCCAGAGCUCUCUAGUGAACCCGAGAGUCUAGAACUCCCCAGUGUUCCCGAAAGUCCAGAGCUCCCCAGAGCACCAGAGAGUCCAGAGCUCCCCAGUGUUCCUGAUUGUCCAGAACUCUCUUGUGUACCCAACAGUCCAGAGAUAUCAGCCCCCCGAGAAUCCUGA